CCGCCAAUAGACUUGAUAUGAAUAAGAAGAAGAAGAAGGAUUUUAUUUUUCGUGGUUAGCUGUGGCUGGCUAACUUAAGACGUAAAACUUAGAAACAACCUUUCUGUACCCUAUACAUCCGCGAAGGAGUGUUUUGAAUUACUUAAGUCAUAUAUGCCGACUUUUCUUUCCGUUUUAAAAUAGAACUUAACUACAUCUUAUCCACUGUUUGGUGCCAACGUUAGCUUGUAGCUAAUGUUCGAUGACAUACAUCAACAGGAAGUUCAAUGUUGUGCACUUUGAGUUCUUCAGGUACAAACAUGAACUGUACCUUGGAGACGGUCCUGGCAGAUGCAAAGUCUUUAGUGGAGAGGCUGCGCAACCAUGACAAUGCUGCUGAGAUGUUGAUCGAACAGACCACUUCACUCAACAAGCGAGUGGAGGCCAUGAAACAGUAUCAAGAAGAGAUUGAUUCACUGAACCAGGUUGCACGACAUCGUCCACGUUCCAGUCUGGUUCUGGGAAUCCAACAGGAAAACCGUCAGAUCCGAGAGCUUCAGCAGGAAAACAAGGAGCUGCGGACAUCGUUAGAGGAGCACCAGUCUGCGUUGGAGCUCAUCAUGACAAAAUACAGGGAGCAGGUUUUGAGACUUCUUAUGGCCAGCAAGAGAGAUGACCCCACCAUUGUGACUCAGCUAAAAGAGCAGCACACAACGGAAAUGCAAGCACAUAUAGACAAGAUCAAUGAGAUGGCCUCUGUGAUGAGGAAAGCAAUCGAGGUGGAUGAGGGGCGGCUAUGUGAAGACGAGGAGCGGAUUAAACAACUAGAGCUGGAGAACAGCGGACUGCGAGACCUGCUGGGAAUCAGUCGGGAAGCUUUCCUGGUGUUGAAACGGGAGGACACAUCGGAGAGCACAUCACUGUCACCACUGUUGACCAGUGCUGACAUCAGUUUACGAAAAAGUUAGAGUCCGUCCACCGCUGCUGCUAUUGUGUACAGAGUACGUCAGCUUUCUCCCCACAGACUCCUUCAACCAUCAGCCCUCUUCUGGUGUAACUGCAGCAUGGUGCUUCACAGCCACCUCUCACCUGUUAAUGCAGAUGCAAGUGCUGCAGUGUUACAAUCACACUUAUUUUAUUUUUUAUCUGUCAUAAUUUUCCCAGCAUGCAUGACCUCUUUGGGGCCUGCAAGUUAUUAAUGUGUGAAUGAGUAAGAGAAGGGUGCAAGUUAUAAUAAACCUGUAAACAAUUGU